AACUUGAUUUUUGAGCUUUUGGUACAAGGAUGUGAUGGAUUUUCUUUUAAUCUUUCAUUUAGGAGGUAGAUAACAAGGGAAGGAACUAAUGUUCUUAGUUUCUGUAUUGAUACACUUGUAUGCACAUGUAGAACUUAGCGCGGAAUGUUCCCGGGUUAAUCAGUCUAGGAAAAGUGAUUAGAUUGGUAAAGGAAUGCAGUAACAGUGCAUGAGUUGAGGUAGCUACCAGUAGGCUGAAAAUAUUAUAGUCUGCAUGGUUUUAUUGUUGAUUGUUAUGCUAAAAGUAUUUAUAAUUCUCUUACAGCAAAGUUUAGCCUUUACGUUCGAGAUAGCUCAUCUUCAAUAAGAUGCUCUAUGUGAAUAUGAUGAACUAGAAUGCUUUACUUAAACAGGUGUACAUUAGUUAUUCCCUCUAUUGGGUGAUAAUAUUCUUCUGUUCAUCCUUUGAAAGUUUACUGCCAACACCUACAUUAAAUAUUCAUUCGUUCUGAUUCUUCUAUAUAUGGAGAUGUUAUUAGAUUUGAAUGAUCGCUUUUAUCUUACCUUUUCUUCAUUGUUGCAAUAUAUCUUUUGAAUCCCCCUUGAGAGUAUUUUGAAGUCAUCUUCUUGACAUUCUUGUCUUGUAAACUAUUUGGUUCACAGCUUCAUUUUGUAUGCAAAGUUUGGCUUGGUUUUGUCCUAUGGAACAAGAUUGCAUUUCCCUUUCAGAGCAUUCUCAUUAAACAAAUUUGGUGUGAUCUUCAUCGUGGAGCAAUGGUAACAAAUUGACAAGUUUUGUGAUGACAGUUCAUUGUGUUAGGAGGAAAGAUAAAUUUACCGAAUUGAAGUGCUGAUCCCAUUUUAGAAUUUUUUGGCAAAGAUGGUUGGAUCAGAUGAGAAUGAUGCAGGUGUUGUCAGGGAUUCAGAUCUCCCGGGAGGAUCAAGGGCUAUAGGAGGAAAGAUAUCUAGUGAAAUGGUGGAAAGUUGCAGGGCAUUGAAUGCCAUUGAUGUGAAUAUCGUUCAAGCAGAACCGCGUGCAUCGUCUGUGCACAAGAGAAGUGCCGUUCCCGACGAAAAUGAAAAUGCUGCUAACAAGAACCCUAAGAUUCUUGUUCAUGACACCACUGCUAGGAAUUUCGAUGCACAAAUGGCAAGCGAGCAGCAACCAAUUUCUGAGGAUGAUGAUGUUGAAAUUGAGUAUGUUGAGGAGAACCCGAUUGUGAACAUCGACAGUCCUGAUGAAAAGAAUGUCCUUGCUGUUGUCGAGUAUGUUGAUGACAUACAUGCUUUCUACAAGAAAAUAGAGAAUUUGAGCUCCGUGCUCCCAUACUACAUGAAUCUGCAACCCGCUAUUAAUGAAGGAAUGAGGAGUAUUCUGAUUGACUGGCUGAUCCAGGUGCAUAAAAAGUUUAAACUGAUGGAUGGGACGUUGUACCUCACUGUGAACCUCGUCGAUAGGUUCUUAGCUGUCGAACCAAUAAGUAGAGAAAAUCUGCAGCUGGUUGGGAUUACGGCAAUGCUUCUCGCCUGCAAGUAUGAAGAAGUAUAUGCCCCGACUGUAAAGGACUUCAUGUUGAUUACUGACAACGCUUACCGUAGACAAGAAGUUAUCAACAUGGAGAUACUAAUGGCAAAUACCUUGCAAUUCAACUUCUCGGUUCCUACACCGUAUGUGUUCAUGAUGAGGUUCCUUAAAGCUGCGCAAUCUGAUAAGGAGCUGGAAUCCGUAUCUUUAUUCCUCCUCGAGCUCUGCCUCGUGGAGUACCAAAUGCUGAGGUUCCCGCCUUCUGAGCUAGCAGCUGCCGCAGUUUUCACUGCCCAAUGCACGAUCACUGGCUCCAAGCAGUGGAGCAAAACAAGCGAGAAGUACACCAACUACGCUGAACAUCAGCUCCUGGAGUGCUCGAAAGCGAUGGUUACCCUCCACGAAAACGCUGGAUUCGGGGAGCUUACUGGGGUGUACAGAAAAUACGACACCUAUAGGUUUGGCUUUGCAUCUAGAUAUGAACCCGCUUUCUUUCUCUCGGAUGCAUGAUUUCAAGCAGACACCAUUGUUGGACACAACUUUUGUUUGGUUUGGACUAUGGACGAAAGUUCAAUUGUCUAUUGAACAACAAUAAAAUGUUGUCCUCUGGGCAUGGUAUGAACAAUUUACUCAAAGGUUAUUAUCUCAGACAGGAAACUUUGUUUGAUAGUAAUCUGUGCUACUGAGUAUGAAUAAUUGUGUCAGGAUUUCUUCCUGCAAACUAAAAUUUGAAUUUUUAUUUUUGUUAA